AUGCUUCGUAUCUCGAAGGGGAGCAUUAAACGUACAACCGGCGACGGGCUGUCUUUGUCGCCGAAAGAUUGGCCGAAAGAAGAUUUUGACAGACUGAAAAGUUAUUCAGCUCAAAGAUAUUUUUUUCCCAAACCAUUAGCUGUGAGUCAUGAUUAUGGUGUGGUCAGCGGGACAACCAAUUCUCUCGCUGUGCAUGCUGGGAUUGUUGCGUUGCAACAAGGAGGAAAUGCCAUGGAUGCUUGUGUAGCUACAGCACUGACAGAAAUAACCCUUGCAGCUGGUUGUUACGUCUCCUUCGCUGGUGUUACAGAGAUACUGUACUACAACAGUCAUGAAAACCGAGUAUAUAGUUUAGAUGGUGGUUGGAAUAUUCCAACUGACCUUGACGUUGACCAAAUAUUGCCAAUUCACACAACAAAACCAAAUGGAGCAUCGGUUCUUGUGCCUGGGUUUUUUGCAGGAAUUGAUGCAGCGGUCAAAAAGCUAGCGAACUUCGAUCUCAAGACAUUGUUGGAACCUGCGUUGUAUUUCGCUGAAAAUGGAUUUAAUCUAAGUCAUCUCCUGGCCGGAAACAUUGCAGCAAACUACAAUGAUAUCACAUUGCUCAGAACUGAAGAUGGAAAACGGCUGUUUACAAACCCUGAAACUGGUGAAUAUUACAAAUACGGUGAACUAUUCAAACAACCAGAGCUGUUAGAAGUUCUUCAAUCUAUUGCUGAAAAUGGAGUAAAUGAGAUGUACACUGGAGCCUGGGCGCAAGAUAUGGUGUCACUAGUUCAAAAGGAAAAUGGUUUCACAAUGUCUGAUAUAGUUCUUACACAGUCAACUGGAAAGAUCCAUAAUACGACGUAUUCUGAUUAUGUUGUGUCAACUUCAGGUACCAACAACGCUGGCUCAGGAGGUACUGAGUUACUGGAAAAACUGAAUCUAAUGGAAUUUGCUGAUCUUCGAAGUUACUCCUAUCUUACAAAUUCGACCAGACUCUACUGGUUUGCUUCUAUAAUUCGCUUUAGUAACUUCAUUUCGUUAUAUUUACGAACAAUGCCAAAUGCAAUUGCUAUUCUUGAACGUGAAUUUCAGUUGGAUUUUUCACCCCGAAACAGAACAUCAAAGGAAUUUGCUUAUUCUGUUUGGAGUCAAAUGAGUAAACCUGGUGGAAUGGAUGAAAUCAACGAGAAAAUAAAAAAACUUCUAGGUGGUCAUACAACUGAUACAAGCUUCGCGCCUCACUCUGAUGGGGUGGUAGCGAUGGAUAAGUAUGGUAAUAUGUGUUCAAUGAUACAUACAAUCAAUAGUCAACCGUGGGGAACAGGUUUAUUUGUACAUGGAAUUGCGCUUCCACAUUCUGCGGCCAUUAAUAAGUAUUAUAUCAAACAAUCUAAGCCUGGUACUCGAUUGAACUCAGAACUUCAGCCCGCUUUUGCAUUCAGAAAAAACAGUGCCCAAAAAAAUAGACCUUGGGAGCCUGCAAUGGCUAUUUCUGUUGUUGGUGCUUCACUUCGUCAGGUGACUCCGCAGAUAAUAACAAGUGUCUUAGAUGAAAACCUGAAUCCAAAUCAAGCGCUAUCCCGACCCCAGCUUAUGUUGCCAUCAUUGGGUAAUUACUUACAAGAUAUUCGAGUACAGCGUUGUACCAUUGAUCAGAAUGUGUUACAUGAAGUACGCAAAGGACAGCAAAUUACGGAGAUUGAUGAUAGAGCAUCGCUGGCUAUCCAUGGUCUUGGCGUUUUGAUAUCUGUGGAUAAAGAUGGAUUACGAUAUGCGUCAUCGACUCCUUUCUUAGAUGGUCUUGCUGAGAGUACUAGUGAGACUUAA